AUGGAGUACACCUCUCCAAAAUAUGAGGUUCAAACACUUCUUUUCUCCAUCAUAUAUAUCUUUGUUCCCGCUAUUCUCUUAGCAUGCGUGAUAGCAUUCAGAUGCCCUACCUGGGUUCGUUUGCUGUUCUUUGUGUGGUACACAAGUCACUUGCUACAGGGAAUGUCACUCAGAACAGGAAAUUCUUGGGUCGACUAUUCGAAUGGCUCGACUCUGGGUGGAGAGCUCACAAAAACAUUUUACUUGCUAUUCCUUGUCAACCCGGCUCGGGAUUGGUCUCAUGGAUCGGAUGCAGGGAAAAGGAUUGACGGUCGACCUUGGUGGAAAAGGGUAUAUUGGUGUCUCUGUGCUGCGUAUACUAUGCGUGGCGUUGGAUGGAACUAUCAGGUUCCCGGUGUCCCUUCUCCUUCCAAGAUGAACCGAUACAUGUUUCUAGGGUGUACAGCUCUGCGCGUGGUAACAGCUUAUCUUCUUCUCGACUUCGCGCAAUAUUCCAUGCAGGCUACUCCAUUCUUCAAUGACCCCCAAACUCGUACAUCCAUGCGAUCAUAUAGUUAUGCUCUUCAGGCUUUCUAUAUGCUCGUAUGCUUUUCAGUCCCGUAUGGGGCGCUGAGAUUCUACUACUAUACCGGGGCGUUUCUUGCCGUCUUAACUGGAUACUCAUCGCAGGAGGAUUGGCCAGAUCUUUUCGGAAACUGGUUCGAUGCAUACAGCGUAAGAAAUAUGUGGGGGAAAACCUGGCACCAGAUGCUGAGAAGGCACAGCACUUCUUUCGGAAAAGCCGCCACGAAACUUUUAGGAGCACGUCCUAGAUCCGCUCUAUCCCUCAUCAUCCAGCUCUUCACAGCCUUUCUCGUGUCAGGAGUCAUGCACUCAUUCGGGGACUACACCGUCGGUCUACAACACCUCGGAAUCACCUUACCCUUCUUCGUGCUACAGCCGUUCGCCAUCCUAUUCGAAGAACUCUUCAUCUUUGGCCUCGUACAUCCAAAAGCACAGACUUAUCAUAUCUGCUCGCUACCUUCCCCGAUAAAGCGAUUCCUUGGGUAUAUUUGGACGCUCUCGUGGUUCACAUAUUCAUCUUCGUGGUAUAUUGAUCCUAUCGCUCAAGCGGGGUUCGGUAAAGAUGACAUUGUGCCCUUUUCCCUUGUUCGUUUCGUUGUUCGACUCGUUUAUCAGCACGAGCGGACCAACCUACUAUAA